AUUAAAUUUUAGUUGGUACUAAAAUACACCAAGCUAAAAAAGAACAAUAAAUUUUUGACAAUACUAAUAUCUGUAACAGUUAAAAAAUUUCGAUUGUUUUUGUACUUGUUGUUAAUGCCAAACCGCCACCAUAUUGAUGAGUGUGGCCUGAUGUGAACUAAACAGUUUGUUUAUUUAAUUUUUUAAAUGUUUACAUUUUGAUUUUGGGCGAGGACUUGAAAAUAUACAAAAAUGCAUUAAUGCAACAAUAUUUUAUUCAAUUUAAAUUUUUGUUAACAAUAAAAAAUACUAAAUAUUCCAUAUAAAAUGUCUGGAUUUAUAGCUGUUCACACAGGUGCUGGAAAUAUAGUUGAUGAAACAAAAUACCAACGUGUUAUAAAAGAAGCGUGUGUAAGAGCUACCGAUAUCUUAAAGAAUGGCGGAUCUGCAAUGGAUGCUUGUGAAGCAGCUAUUAUACGUUUGGAGAAUUGUGGUAAUACGAACGCAGGGCUUGGUUCGAAUCUCUGCUGGGACGGAUAUGUGCAAUGUGAUGCAUCUAUAAUGAAUGGUUCCAAUUUGCACUUUGGUGCCUGUACAAAUGUUUCAACUGUGAAAAACCCCAUACAACUGGCACGAAUGUUAUGUGAUGGUCAGGAUCGAAUGCUCUCCAUGGAGCGUAUACCGCCAAUGGUUAUGGCUGGUCCUGGCGCAGAAAGAUAUGCCGAAGAAUUAGGUUGUGCCAUGAUAGAAGCCAGUGGUCUUAUAUCAUCGAAAGCUAAAUUUACGUAUAACCAUUACAAGUCAAAAGUGGGAACUUUAACAAAGGCAUCUAGCACGAAAGUAGAGAAUUCAACACAUGAGUCAAAUUCUCAAGAGACAGAAGUUAGUGCGUUAGAUACUGUAGGAGCGGUAUGUGUCGACAGUAUUGGAAACUCAGCGGCUGGUUGUAGUUCGGGCGGUUUAAUUUUAAAAGUUCCUGGUCGUGUCGGUCAGGCAGCAACGUACGGAGCCGGCUGUUGGGCCACAGACACUGACGAUCUUUCCGUUGCCACUUGCACUACUGGCAAUGGCGAAUAUUUAAUGAAGACUUUCCUUGCCAAGGAAAUAUGUGCUGAUCUCUUUACUGCAGACUGUGCUGUAACUAGCCUACAUAAAACAUUCAAAAGCAAAUUUCUGGAAUCUCCUUUUCUUCCGGCCGACCAGGUUCUAUAUGGUGGAGCUCUGUCUUUGCUGUACUAUCCCAAAACAAACAGCGGGGAGGUGUUAUGGAGCCAUACUACAAAAUCAUUUUGUGUGGGUUACAUGUCAACGCAACAGAAAACGCCAAAAUUUGUUUAUUCACCAUUGCCAACAUACAGUCUGCCGGGAAAGUCGAGCGUUGUUAAUGGACACAAUUUCCAUCUGCGUGUAUAGUUUUGACGUAAUCGUGAGAAUCAUUAUUAAAUGUUUAAUGUGAAUACAAUGAUCAUGUAAACUACAAAAAAGAAAAACAAAUUAGUAAAUAAAUAUAUAUUAAUAUAGUACAUAAUAAAUGCUAUAUACAGUAAAUCACAAAAAUAAGUAUACAAAAAUGCUGACAAUUGGUUUUAUUUAAAAAAGGAUAUUGUUUUUUUUUUUUCAAAAAACAAAACAUUAUUAAAAACAAAAAUUUUUAAAAACAAUUAUGAUUCACUACUUCUUUCUGGAAAUUUAUGUUCUUUGAGUUCUCAUUUAAGGUGAAGUUAAAUAAAUUUAUUCCACAGAAGUAAGUAUACAAAUCAUUUCAAUAUAUAUUUGAUUUAAUGAUAUUAACAAAAUUUACUUAAUAAUGAAAUAUUUUUACAUAAUAACUUGGAAAAAAUCCAAAUUUUGCACCCAUUUUCAAUGAGAACUGAAACAACUAAAACAUCCAGAAAAACGUUAUAAAUAAUUAUUAUCAAAAUUGCUUUAAACAAAUUAAUGUAUUACUUUUUUGUUUUCUGAACAACUAAUAUGCUUUUUUAAAUAGAACCAAUUGUCAGUUUUUUGUAUAAUUAGUUUUGUGAUGACCUGUAUGAAUGUUUGUAUGCCUGA